AGGGGCGGAACCGAAACUGCCACAGCUUCCGCAAAAGGGAGCAAGACGGGGAGCAGAAGGGACGAAACCUCCCAAAGCGCUCCGAAUAGACCAGAAGCCCCGCCCUUAUCCCCCCUCCCUCCGGGACGCCUCGAGCGCAGGGUGGAAAAGCUAACUGCGUGGCUGUUUUGUUGUUUAUUCGUAAUUUCCCGGGCGGGGAGGGACUGUCCUCCUUCGUCUCGUCCAAGGCUGCUACUGCGGAUGAAUAGUACUUCGAUCCACUGGACUCAAUGGGAUUGAUUCCAGAGUACAAAUGUAUAGGCUUGUGCUGUUAGCGCACAGCUAGGAGAGGAAAAUCUCACGCAAGGCGGAUCAGUAGUACCAGAAACAAAACAAAAGCCACCAAAUCUGCUCCCGCGACCAAGUCACCCUUGCUGCGUCGUCUGAACUGGCUUUAAGGAGAAAACCGGAUGCCCCGCAGCCUGGUAGCCAGACUUCCAUGCUGCAUGCUUUGCUGCUGCCCAGCACCUGUUAUCUCCAAUGAAUUCAAAAUGACAAGCAGACGGGCUCACAGAGCACAGUAAACAAGCAAACCUGGUUAACUUUCUCAGGUUUCAGAGAGCACAGUUACUGCUUUAAUGAUGAUGGCUGAAGAGUGUGCAUCGCUCUCUAAAGACCUGGAAUGCUCUGGAACAUCCACAGCUGAGACCCCCACUAUUAAAGACAUAGAACAACUCUUGAAUGCUGGGAGGCCUUCCUGUAACCAUGUUGAUGAAGUAUGGCCUAAUCUUUUCUUAGGAGAUCUUGUUACUGCUCACAACAGAUUUGGUUUAUGGAAAAUGGGCAUUAGCCAUGUUUUAAAUGCUGCCCAUGGCAGAAUACUUUGCCAAGGAUCCCAUGAUUUUUACGGCACAAGUAUCGAAUACUAUGGUGUACCAGCGUAUGACCUUCCUGAUUUUGAUAUAAGUCCGUAUUUUUACCCUGCAGCAGAAUUUAUACACAAAGCCUUGACCACACCAGGAGCCAAAAUCUUAGUGCAUUGUGCAGUUGGGAUAAGCCGGUCCUCCUCAUUGGUGCUUGGAUACCUCAUGAUCUACCAUCAUUUCUCUUUGGUUAAAGCAAUUCAGGCAGUGAGAGAACAUCGGUGGAUUUUUCCCAAUCGAGGGUUUCUGAAACAACUGAGAAAUCUGGACAUUCAACUUAAUAAAGAAAGCACUAAGCAAAAAAGCCAGAAACAAACCCCUGAUAAUUAGGAAAGCAGGGUAUUUUCAACCCUAAAUACCAUGGAACAUUUUCAUUAAAAUGUGUUUUUCAUAGUCA